UACUGUAACAAACUGUAACAUUUGGGUCAUUGAUCCAAGAGCUCACUAAUAAAAGCUCUCUUGUAUGACAGAUUUGCUGUCAAAUCAUUUCAGGUGAAGUCAAGGACAUAUUGCCUUUCUGAUAUGAUGGGGGUUUUUUUCAUUCAGUGUCCAAAACUCAUUCUCUAAAGUCUAAAAGUCUCACUUUGUUUGUCUCAGAUCAGAUCGGCCAAAGGAGAUAGUCCUCUGACCUCAAGGUCUCUUCAUAUGGACAGGCAAAAGGCAACAAUGAAGCAUCCAUGUGCUGUUUCUGACCCUCUGCCCGAGUCAAGUCCUGGUGUUCGUGACGCUGACCCCAUCCUAGGCCUCCUGUCCAACAAACUCCGCCCAUGUCCCGAGCAGGAGCUCUGGGAAUGGGCCCCUAACCUGACGGAGACACACCCGUCCGGCCAACAAUCAAGGAAACGGCUCACAGUGAAAAGAGGAAAAGCUAAGAAAAUGUUCGGCUGGGGAGAUUUCCAGUGCAAAGUGAAGUCCGCAAGCCUCAACCUGUUCAUCACAGGGAAGAUUGUGGAUCACGGCAAUGGAACGUUUAGCGUUUUUUUCCGAUACAACACGACCGGAGGUGGAAAUGUCUCCAUAGGGCUGGUUCCUCCAAGCAAAGCUGUGGAAUUUGAUGCGACGACUCAACAAACCGUUCUACACUCGGUGGAGUCGAGGAUGUUUAACUGCAGGGUGGAGCAUGAGAAGGUAGAGAGAGGUACCAAAAGCGCACGCUGCUGGUAUGACCCGUCUCAUAGCUGCGACCAGGACCAGACUCACAGCUAUGUCUCGUGGCUCUGCUCAAAACCGUUCAAAGUCAUUUGUGUCUACAUAUACUUCUACAGCCUGGACUAUAAACUGGUGCAGAAAGUCUGUCCGGACUAUAACUACCACAGCGAGUCUCCAUAUUUACCUUCUGGAUGAUCUUUUACCUCAUAAUGAGAGAAAUGGAAUUGGGUCAUU